UCGAGAGUUCAAAUAUUUUGACAUGGCUGACAGUCAGAGUUGAUUCGUCGCUAUGAUUGAAGUGUUUUGUAGGUUUCAAGAGAUUUUGUGAUUGUUUAUUCCAUUCUACGGGACAAAAUCUUUAGUAUUUGUAAUAAUGAUGCAAGCAGAAGAUGCUAGGUAUUUGAAAAGAAAAGUGAAGGGAGGGAACAUUGAUGUACACCCCACAGAGAAAGCCUUGGUUGUAAACUAUGAAUUGGAGGCAACAAUCUUGGGUGAACUUGGUGAUCCCAUGCUGAGAGAAUGGAAGGAAUGCCAAAAAAUUAUAAGGGUAAAAAGUUUGAAUGAAAACAGUGACUUGGCCAGUUUAGCAAAGGACAUCAUUGAUAAAUGUAAAUUGAUCCACCCUACUAAACUACCGGAGGUGGAACAGCUGUUGUACUAUCUACAGAACAGGAAGGAGACAGAUUUACCCUGUAAACCGUCUGGGAAAACACAGCUCCAUGAAAAACCAGAAGUGCCCGUGUAUGAUGCCUCGGAGAUUGAUGAGGUGGCCAAUAUCAAUGAUGUAGAUGACUACAUGGAACUUCUUUAUGAAGAUGUUCCAGAAAAAGUCCGGGGAUCAGCCUUACUUCUCCAGUUAGCUCGAAAUCCAGAUAAUCUGGAGGAGUUAUUUCAAAAUGAAACGAUUGUCGGAGCACUGGCCCGAGUGCUAAGAGAGGACUGGAAGAAGAGCACGGAGCUUGCCACCAACAUCGUCUACAUCUUCUUCUGCUUCUCCAGCUUCACACAGUUUCAUGGAGUCAUUGUUCACUUUAAAAUCGGGGCUUUGUGUAUGAACAUUAUAGAACAUGAACUGAAGAAAUAUGACAUGUGGAACGAAGAAUUACAGAAAAAGAAGAAGGCUUCUAAUUCAGAUAAAGACAAAAAGGCCAAGGAUGAGUAUGCCAAAAGUCUUCAGAAGUAUGAAGGUCUAGUCAAAAAGCAGGAACAACUUUUACGGGUGGCAUUCUACUUGUUACUGAAUCUUGCUGAGGACCUGAAGGUGGAGAUGAAGAUGAGGAACAAGGGUAUUGUGAAGUUCCUCGUCAAGACUCUGGAGAGGGACAACUUUGAGCUGCUGAUCUUGGUUGUGUCCUUCCUCAAGAAACUAAGCAUAUUCAUAGAAAACAAAACAGAAAUGGCUGAGUUAAACAUUAUAGAGAAAUUGACAAAGUUAGUGCCAUGUGAACACGAGGACCUGCUGAAUAUUACACUGAGAUUACUGGUGAACUUGUCCUUUGAUGCUGAACUACGCAGUAAAAUGUUCAAGUUUGGGUUACUUCCUAAACUUGUCGGAUUACUUCAGAAUGAAAACCACAGAGAACAUGUGUUGGGCAUACUAUAUCACAUUAGUAUGGAUGAUAAAUCCAAGUCAAUGUUCACUUACACAGACUGCAUACCAAUUGUUAUGAAAAUGCUUCUUGAAAGUGGAGAAAAUGUAGAAAUGGAAUUGAUGGCUUUGUGUGUCAAUCUGGCUUCCAACAAACGUGUAGCAGCCAUGAUCUGUGAAGGUCAAGGUCUCAAGAUGUUGAUGAAGCGAGCCUUCAAGUACAAGCACCCACUCCUGAUGAAAAUGAUCAGGAAUCUCUCGCAGCAUGAUGGACCUACAAAAGCUCUCUUUGUGGACUACAUCAGUGACCUGGCACAGGCUGUACUGAACGAAGAGGAAGAAGACUUUGGUUUGGAGUGCCUUGGCAUUCUGGGUAAUCUAACAAUCCCUGACCUGGAUUAUGAACUGAUCCUAAAGGAAUAUAACCUGAUACCAUGGAUUAAAAGUAAACUAGAACCAGGUGCCUGUGAGGAUGAUUGGGUACUAGAGGUGAUUAUUCUGGUGGGGACAGUGUGUAAUGACGACGCCUGUGCUAAGAUGCUGGCAGAGGCUAACAUCAUUCAGUCACUGAUAGAGCUACUUAAUGCCAAACAGGAGGAUGAUGAAAUGGUUUGUCAGAUUGUGUAUGUGUUUUAUCAGAUGAUCUUCCAUGAAUCAACCAGAGAAGUCAUUAUCAAAGAUACUCAGGCUCCAGCAUAUCUGAUUGAUUUGAUGCAUGACAAGAAUUCAGAAAUCCGAAAAGUUUGUGAUAAUACGCUGGAUAUGAUAGCAGAAUUUGAUGAGGAGUGGGCUAAAAAGAUUCAGCUAGAGAAGUUCCGCUGGCAUAAUUCUCAGUGGUUAGAGAUGGUAGAGACAAGACAGGUUGGUGACAUGGGGGAUCCUUACAUGUACGCUGACGAGGGAUAUGAUCCGUAUCUACAGGAUGCAGAUAUUCUGGACAGACCUGACUUAUUUUAUGAUGAUAUGUAUGAAAAUGCCUACAUUAUGGAUGGUCACCUGACACCUGAGUACAUUGAUGAAAAUGGCAUGUAUGAUGGACAGCCUUAUGGUUAUGGGUAUGGGAAUCCCAUGGAUGGUGGCUAUGAUCCUUACGAGAGACCAGAAUCUCACAUGGGCUUUAUUGGUAACGGUCCACCAGUGGACGAGUACGGCAGACCACUAGAAAUGGAUCCCUACAUGAUGGACGAGAGGCAGGCGAUGAUGAUGGAUGAAAGGCAGGCAAUGAUGAUGGAUGAAAGGCAAGCGAUGAUGAUGGAUGAGAGACAGGCCAUGCUGAUGGAUGGGAGGCAGUCAGCAAUGAUGGACAGAUAUGGAAUGGAGAUGGAAGAUGAUCCUUACCAUUAUGGGUACAACAAUUACAAUGGGGGUGUGUACGAUAGGAGAUAAUGAGAUUACUACACAAGAUGUUAUCUGUAGGUCUAAAUGUGUUCAGUACCUGUGAACCUAAUGACAAAUCUGUGAUACUUCUCUGCUGUUUCUUCAACAUUCAUUGUAUAUAUUAUUCAUUGCAUUUCAUGCCAAUGUGGUGUGAAUAUUUAUUCCUUAAGUUCAAAUUAAAGACAAUUUUCAAACUAAAGCAGUAUGAAAAACCUGUCAUUCUUCAAGGUACAAGGUAAUAUAAUUAAGAUCUGUAUUUGUAAAUAAAAAAUGUUUUGAUUUUACUCGUCAUUUCUUAGAAUCUGGUAUUCAUGAUAAUUUAUAAUUUUAACUUGUUGAAUUCCUGACUAGUGGUUGUCAAUUUUCCACCUUUUUACAUGUAUUUAUUAAACUUUGUACAGGAAUGUUGUCCUCGUGAUGGAUGGUUGUACUCUAUGAAUGAUCUGUUAGCUUGAUUUAUUCCGACAGUGCAAAGAUAAUUUUGUUUGUGAUAUUUUUUCUCCGUCCAUUUGCUUUACACACUUUUUUUUUGCAUUCAACAUUUUUUUAAUUUAUACAUUAUAUAAUUACAUGUAUUUUAAUAAAAGCCUUCUAGUGUUGAACCAAAGUAGAAUUUUCUGUGAAAUUUCAUUGCAUGUGUAAUUUUUUCAUGCAGAGAACAAUAAAAUUCUUUCAAGAUGA